CUAAAUUUUUUAAACUUUUUAAAAACCCCAAAAAAUUGCCAUGUGUUGUUAAUUUAUAUCUCCCCUAACUACUUGCUUUAGAAAAGGCACUGAAAUAGUCGUAAGCUACGAGAAAAUCAUUCAUUAAAACAAGCAAUUUUCCAUACUGAACCCUAUUGCAGCUCGCUUUUUGCCACUUUUUAAAAUGGCGGAAGUAAACAAAUUUGCCUCCCAUCCGCCUCCACAGAUAGAUUUGAGCGCCUUUGGCGCUUCUAUUGAACUAAUCAGUGGUCUGCUUUUUUUCUUUGGUGCUCUGGAAUAUUCUAGAAUUUGUUGUUUUCAUUAUGGUGCAAUAAGAGAUGAUGUAAUAAGUUGUGAUGCGACCUUGUUUUGAUUAGAUGCAACCCCGGGGGGUACUUGGAUACCGAAACGACGGGGUGUGCACUCCUAAGGUUGUUUUGGUAAACCGGCUUUAAAAAAAAGCUAAAAAUGAAACCUGGCUUUAGAAUUUCUGGAAAAAAGAACAAAGGAAAACAGAAGCUUUGGUGCCACUUGCCAUGGUUGCCAGAACUCCACAAAAACAAUGGGCGGGCAGCGAAAAUCAGGCAACCGGCUUUAGAUUAUAUCCUUUGAACAGAUACCCGGCCUUAGAAUAAAUUGCUGGAAAUGAUACCCGGAAAGACGUGCACAUCCCGUCGGGCAAUAUAUACUAAGUAGCCCCCCGGGGAUGCAACUGAUGGAAGCUUCUCGAAUGUGGCAUGAUUUACUAUAUAAUCUCUUCACUUCAACAGUUUCUUUACUUACUUACACCACGAUGUUCUCUCAUCGAAUUUAAAGCUGUUCCAGUAGCCUCUACUGGUACAAAAUCCGGCCUGCGAUCUCUUGCCAGUCAAAAGCCACGCCGUCACAAACUUUGUGCUUGUGGUGUGCAAGAGUUUCAAAGGCCCCCAUACUUCACGAAAUCACACGUUUGCCUUUAGAGCUUUCGUGGAUACUGUGGAAGUGAUAGGGGCCUAUGUGGAAGUGUUGCAAACUCAGUGGCGGUAAGUUUGAUUCUAUCAUGAAGGUGAUUUUCUCUAAAUUUUUUAAAAUAUGCGCAACAAACAAUGUUUCGGAUAGUUUUUUAUCUUGAGUUAAUUUUACACUGUAUAAGCUGUCAAAAGGUAUUUAUGCCAAUUUUUCCACGCUUAAAAUUUGCUGAAAGAAUGUAUAUUGGAAUUUCACACUUCAGAACUCUGCACGAACCAAUUAUAAAGUUUGGUGGUACAAAAAUUAUCUUCUAAAAAAGAAAAAAAUUAAAACAUAUUAAAGCUUUUCAGAAAAGGUAAUAGAAGUACAUCGAGAUACACCAUAUUUGAAGUACAUUCUCUCUUCCUGAGUUGUUUUGCAAAGAUUUCUUCAUUUCUCUUUUUGACUUUCUUCAUAAUAUCUUGACUAGAUGGAAAAUAUAGAUAAAUCCUAACAUACCAAAGGUUUUUUGGAUCUGAAGUAGCCUGCUUGCUAAAUAAUGGUAAAAUAGCUCACUUAGAAGAUGUAAUCGUAUCAACCAUUCAAGCAGAUCAACUUCCUAUUUUCCUACGUUCCUACGUUUGUGCUCAAUGCCUUGCUUUUGCUAAGAAAUGGUGGUUGCUGUUCUUUGUCGUAAAAUAAUGGUAUCAGCACCAACUCUAGUACCUAUAGAAGAAGCUAAUGUUUCGUGCUUUCUUUCUUCAAGUUUGAAAAACCUGAAAGUAUUUUAAACUAUGUUGUGAAGAUGAAUCAGCAAUCUCAAGGACAAGGCAAAAGUCAACAUGGUAUACAGCAAAGAGCAUUUUAACUCGGGUGGUAUGACAACAAUUUUGUAUAUUUCCUGCAAACAGUAAUGUUGAUUUGUUCUAGUUUGUGUCCUUUUUUAGGAAUGCAGAGAAUCAUUGGUAUGACACGGCGACAUACCAGUAGGCAAAGUUUUUCCGCAAAGCUUGAUGCAGACUGUUUGCUGCUGGUGUCAUCAGUUUUGCAUAUUCCAUCAAGAUGGUCCUGAUAGUUCUGUUUUCUUUUGGCUGCAUUUUGUCACUUAACGUGAAUGCAGAAAAUAUUGUAAGACACAGUUGUGGAACAGAAGGGACGUUUUACAAAAUCGCAUCAAAUUAUGCACUGAACGAGGCGAAUGCAGCAACAAAAACGACGUCAGAAGGGGUUCUUGGAUGCAUCGAGUUUUGUGUGAAGAACGAAAGCUGCAAGGCAUUCAAUUACAAAAAGGUUUCGCCAGUUGAAUCGCUAUGUGAACUUUUGCAGAAUGAUAGAAACACGAAAGAAACAGAUGUGGCCCCGAGAGAUGGUUGGAGUUAUUACGACACAGGAUUAUAUUCAUCGCAGAUUGGUCAACACUGUCGGAGCUUGUCGUACAACCCCUGCUAUCCUUGCUUGUGUAUUGAUUCAUGCUAUUCUGGUCUUGGAUACAGCUGCAACUGCUCAAACGGAUCCCCGAAUCUUGCUGACAUAUACAUUGCUUUUGAAACCACUGUAACUGGAGAUUCCACAAGAACUUUCUAUAACAGAGGCAAAGAUAAAAGAGAGGGAAAUACCUUGACAAUGAUCAAUGGUGCCCAUAUUGCUGCUGUAUCGGACCGUCCUGGCAAUGUGCUCAAAAUUAUUGGCACCAAUGCUGGUGCUGUUGUUGGUAACUUUCAAGAUAGCUGUGUCAACAAUCCAGGACAUGGCUUGUGUAGCGUAUCAUUGUGGUUGAAGAUUGUUUCUCCUUACCCUGAAUACCAGACCAUAUUUGGCUCAGGAAUGAUUAAUUCCAACUCAGGUCUUCUUCUCCGUGUUCACCCAAACGCAAAAAAUAUCGGUGCCCGCUCUAUAACAAGCGACCAACACCUGUUGUUAACUGCCGCCCUGCCCGAUGCAAUGCAAACCUGGGCUCAUGUGGUCCUUACAAGCAACUGGAAAUCUAAGCAACUAGUUCUAUACAUUAAUGGUAAGAUGGCAGCACAGGAUACAACUGCUGAAUCAAACUCUGCGUCGCAAACAGGACAUACCAAUCUCAUUCUAGGAGCCGGUACACUGAUUGCUUUGAUUAACGACUAUUGGAAUAUGGAGCUUGAUGACUUGGCAAUUUGGGAGGACCAUGUGUUGACAGCUGAAGAAGUCGUCCAUGUAAUGAAUAAAGGCUUUGUCCAAACAUGAGGCCAAAAUGGUUAGCAAAAAAACACCGGAAGACAAAGAUUGUGCUGUAAAAAUCAAUCUUUUGUAUCCAUCACAAAAGUACGACGAUGGCAUGAAGCUGGAAGUAGAGAAGUCUUGCACUGGUUGGCAUUUUGACUUUUGAAUUAGAAAUCUGUUCCAAACGUUUAGCAACGAAGGCAACCCUAAAAUCAAUUGACAAAGACGUGCUGAUUUAAACUAAGUAAGCUUCUUCAGUAAUAAGUAAGAAGAACUGAUGCUUGAAAAUAACAACAAUAAAUGUAUAUUAACGUAUUUAGAUAGUUGUGUCUUUUGACAAUGACAAUUCAUCCUAAAAGUUUCAGCAAGUUUGAAAAAGGCGUCUGGUUUGAAAAAUACGUACCUCAACUUGAAUAAUAAGUAACUAAGUUGUACUUAAAAAAUGUUAACAAUAAUUUCAGAUUUCGUUGGUAAUUAAUAACCUCACGUUGCAAAUUUGACUUAAAAGCUAAAGUUCUUAAUUAAUAGAACGUAGAUUACCCAUAUAAUUUUCUCCUUAUUUCAAGUGUUUCUGUUGGAAUACAACUCAAGGCUUAGUAUUUGCAAUUGAAUGCUUUAUGAGUGAUGUAUUUGUAAUUGUAUUUGCUUUAUUACCUUAAAUUUUUCAAAUGAGUAGGGUGUUAUCGUAAUUAAUUUUACCUGACAGCUAGACUCAGGCCUAUAUUUUGCACCAAAACCCACGAUAAGAGAAAAAUAAUUAGUUUUUGGUCGCUCAAAAUUUGAAAAUGGCACAGAAUAGUGGAAACGUCGCAGUACUUUUCAUCCUACAAUUUUCAGAGUAUAAACGUCAAAUAGUGACAAAAGGUUAUCAGAAAAUUGUUGUCCAGCUGUGGAUUGAAAGUAACGUCAGAGGAAGUAAGACGUGUUUAAUUGGGUCUUUGUUUUCGCCAAUCAGUGACUGCUUACUGCUCACCUGGAUAUAGUUUUUCGCUCACCAUCCGAGGUUUAUACUUUAAAGAGUGUAGGACAAAAGGUACUUCAUUAUGCUAUGUUGCCGCUAUUUCGUGCCAGCUUCAAUUAAAACAAUACUGUAAAUUGUGCUGUAAGAUAACCUUGUUUCAGGAAGAAAAGUGUUUGGAGAGAAUUUGCAUUUCAAGUAUAAAUACUCUACAACAAAAGAAGCAUCUCAUUUUUCCCAAGUAAAGGCCUUAAAUACAUUUUCAGGACCUAAUUGUAUCUGUAUUUAAAUAUAUUUGUGAAGAUGUAUUUUGUAAUUGUAAUUAGAUAUUACAUAAAACUAUCAUUAUUGAUAAUAAGUUCAUAAUUUAUCGCACGUGACGUUCGAGUUAUAGAGAGUUAACUGUGGAACCAAUUGUUAGAAUAAGUGAUUCUGAUAUCAAAAACUGUAUAUUAAUCUUGAUUAAGUAAAAUUUAAUCACGUUUAAUAUGUGACUGGCUACGCCUUUUCCAUGCACCUUAGGCUUUCUUUUCGGCACAGUUUUCACGAAUGUAGAGUUAUUGUUUUUGUAGCAGUGAUUGAGUAAGCAUUACAUUGUGUCUUUCUACGGCCAAAGCAACAAGCGUGCAUUUGCCUUGAAUAUAUAAAUUUUAUGUUGGCGUAGUUCAUGCCCACAAGUUACAAGACAACCUAAAGUUGGACUGUAGGGAGCAAAGUGUUUUCCUUUGCGACCCUGCCCACCCCACCCAUGUCUAAGUAUUUUAGUAGGAUGGCCCUCAGGCAGGUUUUUCCAUGCAUGUUAACUUUCUUUUUCUUGUCUUCGUGCAUUAGUUAAUGGCUAGAUGGCUUGCGACUUUUGCAUUAACAAGGUGUUGCUAGAGUCGGUGGAAGAAGGUCAUUGUUUCUUCUUCUCAAUCUCCUCAAAAACGUUUGGGAUUUUAUUUAUAUCCCACCGAUAGCCCAAAAAUAAAUGGUCCAAAUGAUAAGAGAACACCACCUUCAGUCUUAUGAUUGACAAUGGUAAAAUAUUCUGAGGGCCAUCUUACCCAGAUUUGCCAACGAUUUUUGUUUGGUAACCUCACAUGGAACAAAUAUUAAUUUCAAUAAUGAUGCGAACGUUUCUGUACAAAGAGAUGCGAACAUUUGGUUAAUAAAAUGGAAAGAGAGAAACCGCAUAACAUGCAGUAAAAACAAGGCAAAAUGAACAGGCAGAUGGGAGAAAAUGGUUAAAAGAACAUUGAUAUGAUUAUUGCCUGAGGGUUUGAGCAUAACUGAAUCGUGGAAACAGGUAGAAAAAUAUCAGGAAACAGGAAAAGGGCAGAGCUUCAAGAAUUAGAAACAGCUUUUCAAGCCAAAUCAACUCUUUGGGAUGCACACCAUACCUUCAUAAGGGAACCAGCUGCAUAUCAUUCAUCGUUGGCACAACCUCCAAAUGCCUUUAUAAUGACUGGUGUUAACGCUUAUGCUAUCAGUUACAACCGACAAAGCAGUUACAUUACUUUUACCAUUGAGUUCCCGCACCUUUUUGCUUUAACUGUUUCGCUGUCCAUUGUAGAUUUGACAUAAUUUUAUAUAUUUCUGCCUUAUUUCCAAAGCAUCUUCGCUGCACUUAGUAGGCAUCUGAUUACAGCCUUUGUGUAUUUUAAUAACGUUUGGCUGACUGUACAGGGCCCACGCCACGAAUUUCAAGGUGGAGGGGCCAAGUUCUUUACAUCGAACCUGAAUUUAGUGCUUCAAAACAAGGCCUCUAUGGAAAUGACUUUGCUUACCAAAAACGUCGGUGGCUCAACCCCGCCCCCUCCCUCCCCACGGCAGCGUGGCCCUGCUGUCAAUGCAUUAUAUUAAUUUUUCUUCGCUUGGUUGACUGUAACAAGCAUUAAAACAUGUCAAUUUUAGUCUCUUUUUGGUGGAGGUCUUUUACUAGACCUUCGAUUGAUAUCUGAAUCUGGUGGAAGAUUUUUUUCUUUUUGAGGACUGCAAUGUUUACCUCUCAGGAACCUUGUUGCUUUCGUCAUCACUUUGCUUCAGACUGGAAAAUUAUCUUCAAUCAAAUCCAAGAUUCUAGUUUCAUUAAAAUUCAUGCGAAAAUGUUUUUACGCCAUGGAUGAUCGAUGAACCUCUAAACACGAAGCCAAAGCUUCAAAACGAAGGAUCUGAGCACCAAAAUGUGCAGAGACCAUAAAUAAAUGUACUGUACACCAGACUCCUUCUGCAGGGCUCGGUAAACAUGGAGGUCGCACUGUCAAUAACUACGAAGAAGACCUUCGGUAAGCAAAGGCAUUGUAAACAAACAAACCCCUAUUAAUUUAGUAGCUAGACCUGUGUAUUACUCGAACUGUGGUAUCACGGACAUUUUACAGAAGAUUAUCAUAAGGAAUAAUUGUCAAUGAGGGUAUUAGAAAUUCAGAUAGUCAAUAGUGUCCAUUUUAGACCUCGAGAGAUCUAUUCUUGCUGAUUCUCUUAAACUUUGUGUUCCAGAGAAGACAUCGAAGAAAAAGCUAUUUGAGCUUUAAUCACAUAUAACUUUUCAACAUAUCAGCUACAAUCCCGGACAAAAAUAGUUGAGACUUUUCUUGGAAAGUUAAUAUUUUUGGAGGGGGAGAGAAAGAGGGUAUUCGGAUUUACAGGGGCAACGUAAAGUAGAAAAUUGCAAAAAAUAGCAUUUUGUCUGAACAAUUUUGUCCAGAAAGCUGGAUUCGUUCAACCAACCCCAGUUGCACGCACGUUAACAAAACCUCUUUUUAAAAAUUUAAAAAUUAGUAUAAAUAGUGUUCCAGCAAAACUGAAGAACUGAGUCAGAAAGUCGCAAGAUACUGUUAAGGCCUAAUUGCACUAAUCCAGUAACCCAAAUCGACUAUGCAAUGAAAAUUUACGGGAAAACCCAAACAAACUUUUACCAUACUUUUGGAUUUCCAAGACCACAUUCUAGAAUUCGAAGACCGCAAAGUAUGCUGCUUAAAGGCAGAAUUCAGUAAACAUAGAGGUCACACUGUCAUAACUGCUAGGAAGACCAUUGGAAGGCAAAUGUAAAUAAACUUACAAUGCCAAACCAAACCCCAUCAUCUUUUCAUUGCUUUCUUGAAGAAAAUUCGAGACCUUAAUGGUAUUGACAAUGAGAAGAGUAAACACUGUCCUGUACUCUGUAUUUCUCAUUAAUCAAAUGAUAGAACAAAAUUUCUGACUAAAACACCAAAUGUCUUACUCCCUCAACAAUA